AGAUUGUGCAAGGAGGAGGACAGCCGGGAUCUGGACAUCCUCUUCUCCCCACUUCCCCUCCUCGGUUACACAACAGCUGAGGGUCAUUCUCCUGCACGCACCACUUCUCCAGGACGUGUGCUGCAAUGCAUGCUACCAUGACUUUGUGGAUCAUUUUUGCCGUGGCGGGGUUAACUGUGCUAAAUAGAGUAACUGGGAGCCCCGCUGAGACCAUCACACCUGAUGAUGCAAAUACAUCAGCUCAUCCCAACAGGGUAUUGGAGACGGUGGAAGGAGAGGAGAACAUUUGGAAGCCAACUGUGGUUGUUGUGGUUGAGGAGGCAGAGGAGGAAGUGAUGGAGACUGGAGAGCUGAAUCCAAGUCACUACCCUGCUCAAAGAGCAGCCAAAGUGGUCCAGCAUUACAUCAACACCCGACAUGGCUCCCCGUACAAAGUGUUCGGACUGCAGAGGGUCUUUCGUGCCAACGCAGAGGAUGUGGCCAACUCGGGAAGAAAGUAUCAACUGGAGCUAUCUGUGCAGGAGAUGGUUCACAAUAUGACAGUGGCCUGUGCUGCAGAGGUUUUAUUUCCCGGAGGAGAAGCGACUGAGCAUUCGCCACAGGUCCAGGUUUCAUCGUGUGACGGGCUCUUGAAAAUCAACGCAAGUGCUCAAGAGGAGGCUUUGUACCAAAAGUACAAAAUGAAUCAAAGCCUAUCUACAGAGAACUUGCCUGACAGUAAUGGGCACAUGGAGCCGGACCACGAGCCGUUCUGGCAUCUUGGCAUGGUCGCGUCCAGUUUCGUCAUGCUCAGCGAAUCCACCCAAAGCACUUUGUACAACAUGGCACAAGUAGAAAACGCCACACAGCAGGCAACUGAGAACGACCAACUGAAGAUUGACUAUCAUGUGCUUCUGCAUGACAUAGUGUCUCAGGAAAUCAUUCCCUGGAGGUUGGUGGUUACCUGGUCUCCUUUAGAGGGCGUUAAAGUGCAGAAGAUGGAGAAAAGUCCCAAUUGCCGUCACUGUAAUAAACCCAAACCCUAAAACCAUUGACCUAAUUGACACUUCCCUCUUCUCCAUGCUAGUCAAAUUGUCAUUAUUGGAUCUUUAGUCAGUGCUAUGCCAUACUUUCAAGUAUAUUUUCAGAAAAAUAAAAAUGUCCACAGAUUGUUGCCUCCGUUGACCUACACUAUAUAGACAAAGGUAUUUGACCAUGUGAUCAGUGCACCUGCACAGAAAGUUAAAAUUUAAGAAAAUAGUUUAUCUUCCCUUAGCAGCUACAACUGCUUCAACUCCUCUGGUAAGACAGGUGGUAAUAAGGGGUGUAGUCCAAUCCCCGAUUGAUUACAGUUGUCCCUUGCCACAUUGCGGUUUGAAUUUCACGGCUUCGCUCUAUCA